UUGCCUCGAAUUGGAUUCGAACUCACGAAAGCACUGCUUUAGCGGACGAAGACAUAUCUUGAACCGCGCGGCCACUGUGAUCGGAGCAUUUUUUUGUUGUUGCAUUGCCUACAAAUGGUACUUCCUACAACAUAGAGAUUUUUAGCUAGUAGGGGUUUGCGCAGUAUGUAAGCAAAGCUUGUAUCUGCUCGUGUACAGAGUGCAGCUGGCUACAGUGAGACACAGUGCUUGUCUAAUUGGAACUUUGUAGCAGUCACAACUUAGCUGAGGUAUGGGCCUUGCGACGGACUGAUCCUCCAUCGAAUAGAUAGAUAGAUACUGGAACACUAAGAAGUGAAACUAAUUAAUGUAACGCAAUGAAAACUGAAAUCUUAACUGCCGCUAAACUUCAGAACGAAAGCACUGUAAAUGUACUGGACACCGUAUUCAGCUGACUGAAGAGUCUAAUCAGUGCAGAUCACAUGGAUCGAAGCUUGGUUCUCACGUGGGUUGGCCUAUCACUAGCUCUCCUUGGCACAAUACUUACUUUCAGCUGGAACAGUAUUUUCAACUUCAUCAUAGCAAAGGAACUACGGCUGACGCCAACGUCCAGGGUUUACUCCAUCUGGAGAAAUACGCCCAUUCCCUUGACGCUGGAUUUCUACUUCUUCAACUGGACCAACCCUGAAGAAGUCAUGAAUGAAGAUUCCAAACCUAAUCUAGUGGAGAUGGGACCUUACCGAUUCAAAGAAUACCUGAAGAAGACAGACAUCACAUGGAAUACCAACAAGACAGUAAGUUUCCGAAGACGCAGGAUUUGGAUUUUUGACGCAGAGAAUUCCAAUGGAUCACUGAAGGACAACGUAACGACUUUAAACCCCGUGGCUGUGGCUGCUGCCUAUGCUUCUCGCUUUCGCAGUUCCUUCAUAAUCUACACGCUCUCCAGCGCGCUCCGCAUGACUGGGCAGACUCUUUCGCUCACCAAGACAGUAAGCGAGUUCCUGUAUGACGGUUACAGCGACCCACUUCUCACCAUUGCUUCACAUGUACCUCACCUGGCACAGUCCCAAUUUCCAGCAGAGAAAUUUGCCUGGUUCUACAGGAGAAAUAACACUUCAGAACAGGACGGUCAUUUCAAUAUGGAAACAGGAGAGGAAGAUAUCUCAAGAAUCGGACUUGUCAGGUCAUGGAAUUUUAAGAAUCGCUCCAAUUUCUAUGAAGAUGAGUGUGGUGAGGUCAGAGGCACAAUUGGUGACCUGUAUCCUCCGGGACAGAAGAAGAAUACACCUGUGAAAAUGUUUUCUGCUGAAUUCUGCAAGCCCCUUGAUUUAGACUAUUUUGAAGACACAGAAGUGGAGGGCGUCCCUGGGUAUAUUUAUGUUGGCAGCAAGUCAAUUAUGGACAACGGGACUGCCGACCCCAAAAACCUGUGCAACUGUGGAGGUGUCUGUGUCCCCCAGGGGGUCCUCAACAUAUCAUCAUGCCGCUAUGGGGCCCCCGGAUUCGUGUCCUAUCCUCACUUUCUAGAUGCAGAUCCAUAUUACCGCGACAGACUUGAGGGAAUGCAUCCUGAGCCAGCCAAGCACAGACUGUACCUCACUUUGGAGCCGAUUACCGGCAUCCCCCUAGAAGUGGCGGCAAGAUUCCAGAUAAACUUGCUGUUACAACCCUAUAAGGGAAUUGGGCUGUUCAAUGAUGUGCCCACCUUAUUCUUCCCCAUGAUAUGGUUUGAAGAAAACGCAAGAAUUACACCGGAAUUUGCAGAGUCAGUCAGAAUGUUGCUAGCGGUACCUAUCGUGGGGCUGUAUUGCUCCAUCAGCUUUCUGUUGUUGGGGCUUUUGAUAUUGACCUUUCCUGCACUGCCCAAAAUCCUGGGCAGAACAAAGCGGAGCUGGUCUCGACACCGAAAAGGGAUACGAGCUGCGGAAAGAACCAACCAAGAAGCGUUCUCUAAUGAGAACAACCUGCCCCUUAUGUCUCCACACAGUCUUGAUGAAGGGAACUGCAAGAAUGCAGACGUCACAGUCAAAUGAGGAGAGACACAUCAGAGAUCAAGGAUCCAUGAAUCCGUAUUCCUAAGCCACAAUGUAAUAUGCGGGUAGAAAUUGUUUUCAGAUCUUCAAAACUUCAGUAAAAGUACAAGAUUUUCCUUCGCCAUUUUGUUUGUCCUCGUAGAUGUUUAUACAAGUUGUUGAAUGAAUGGACGUUUUGACUGAGUUGUAGAUAUUAGUUUACUGACAAGUGAUUGAACAGAUGUAAAUUAAUCUGUACGCGUAUAAAUCGUGUUGUGAAAAAAUUCAUAAUCAUAACUUCCUAUUCACCGUCUUACGUGUGGUGUCUUUCCAACGUGUUUUACUGCUUUCCUUUUUUUCUCAUCAUUCAUAAUGUUCAUAGCAUUAUACUCCCGUAUGUGGUUCGAAUAUCUCGAAUUCCUAUUAUUCCUAAUUGUCUGUGUGUGCUUUUUAGGAAGAAUAAAAUCAAUUCGGGAUAUUCGAACCAUAUACUCAGCAUGGUACAUGCAUACAGGAGUAUACAUAAUACUAUGGACGUUAUAAAAACAGAGAACAAAUACUUAAACAUGUCAGAAGGAUGCCACAUAUAUAAAAUCAACAGAGACAGAUUACAUAUGAAUGUCACAUACAUUGAUAUACAUAAUGUAAUAUGUGAAGCACUAAAAACACACAUAUGCAAUCUAUUAGCAACAAAGGGUCGGAGGACCAUUGCCUAGGCCAUGUUUGUACACAUAUUUAUUUUUUUUAAUAAAAAUAGCAGCAAUGAUUGACAUUGUAUGAGAACAACAAAAAAGAAUACCCAAAGUCAAUUACAGAGCUCUUGAAACUAGAGGAAGAAAUACUUCUGCAAGGCAUCUGUUACCUCAUAAAUUUAUAUAUAUAGAGGAAGUAAAUGUACAAAAUAAUAAUAGUCUACCCUUAGAGUAACGAGAUAUAUUAAAAAAAUCGCUGGGUGACCACUAUAAUAGAAUUAAAUGUUUAUAAGACUUUGCUGCAGGGGCCGGAUGCGCAUUGCCUAGAUCUUUUUUAUUUGUGUACAUUUUUCAAAAUAAAAAAUGGCUACUGUGAUGAACAUUCUGUCUGAGAACAACCAAAAGGAAUACCCCAAAUCACUUACAGAGCUUUACGUGUCUGAGAUCUCUACUCUUUGCAUCAGUAAGCACUAAAGGUCUGGCCUCCAAGGUUACCGGACUUUAAUUCUGUUCAUCAACGUGCCACUGAGUGCAGUGUGAAUCAUACAAGAACAGUCCCACAUGGAACAUUAUAAUUUAUAUUAACACAGUACCGAUAAUUGUUUUAUAUCUCCAUUUGUUAUACAUAAGGAGAAAGUGAGAUGUCUUAAUUCCAUUCAGAAACAUUCCGGGUAACUAAGAAUACAGGAAUUCUCUGGGAAUUCCCAGGUUACUGCCUGGAAAAGGGCAAUUACAUUAGAUACAUAUAUGUAUUAAGACGUCUGAAGGUGCGUCUACUUAUUAUUAUUGUUAUUGUUAUUGUUAUUAUUAAACAAAGUUACAAAUGCUUUUGUGAGAAUUCAUGAGCUGUUGUAAGUACAUAUAUGAGAAAUGACCAUCAGUCUUUUUAACAUUCCAAUGUUGUUUAGAUGUAAAACUGAAUGUUUUGUUUUUGUACUUAGCGAUUUGAUACAUAUCCGAUCUCACAAAUUAAUGAGAUGAUGUUAACAAUCAAUUUGAUUUGUUUCAUUCUGGCUGGUCACAUUAACAAUAUUAUGAAAGAUAAAAAAAAGUC